AUGGGCAGCCGCGGCGGCCCCCUGUGCGCGGCGCGCCCCGCGGUGGCGGAGGCGGGCCCGGCCCGGGAGCCGCUGCAGCCCCUGGAGCUGCCCCCGGGCAGGAGGCGGCCCGCCGGCCCCGCGCCGGACCCGUGCGGCAGCCGCCCUGCCCCCGAGGGCGCCGGGGGCGCCGAGCCGGGCCACGCGGCCGGCGGCGGGGGCUGGUGCCGCCACUGCCACACGAAGCUCGCGGAGCUCAAGCGUCAGGCCUGGAAGCUGGUCAGCGGGCCCGGGACGGCCCUCCGGGACCCUUGCCUCUCGGCCCUGCUGCUGGACAAGCCCCCGGUGCCCGGGGCCCCGCCGUCCUGCCCCCCGGAGGCCGAGCGCCACUGCACCGUCUGCUCCGCCCACCUGCACCCGCUCACGCGGGAGGCCCUGCGGCUGCUGCCCGCACCCGCCGGCCGGGAGGACCCCGACGCCCCCCACGGAGGCCCCGGCCCCAUGACCGGCCCCAGCGAUGGACCCGCGGCGGUGGGCCCCGCCCGGAGGCCGCCGGGCCGAGGGGGGCCCUGCAGGAGGAAGGAGCCGGCCUGGGCCGCGGGGCCCAGCGUGCAGGUGUCGGUGGCGCCGGCCGGCCUGGGCGGGGCGCUGAGCACGGUCACCAUCCAGGCCCAGCAGUGCCUGGAGGGCGUGUGGAGCGUCUCCAGGGUCAACAGCAUCCUGCCGCCGUCCUGCCUGGCGGAGGCGGCGGUGGCCGCGGUGGCGGUGGCAGACUCGGUCCGUGACAGCCCUCCCUCCGGGGGCCCUGACGGCGUGUCCCGGCUGUGGGGCCGCGGGGGGCCCUGCACCACCGCCCUGGUCUCCCCGGCCCCCUGCCCCCCGGCGGCUGCCUCCUUCUUUGUCAGGGCCGCCCAGAAGCUCAGCCUGGCCAAGCGCAGGAAGCCGCCCCCGCCGCCUGCCCCCGCCGCCCGCGGCGCCUCCCCGUACCCCACGGACUUCAGCGGGGCCCUGCAGCUGUGGCCGCCCCCGGUGCCCCCCUGCCUGCUCAGGGCCGCCGCCAAGGCCCAGGACCCGCCCGGCGGCGCCGGAAAGGUGAAGGUCAUGCUGCGGGUCUGGCCCGCCCCGGGGGCCCCGCGCUGCGCCGAGGCCGCGGGCUUCCUGAAGGUGGACCCGCGGAGGAAGCAGCUGACCCUGUACGACCCGGCCGCCGCCCCGGGCAGCGCCCCCCGGCACGCGGCCGCCGCCGCCGUCCCCAGGAUGUUCGCCUUCGACGCCGUCUUCCCGCCGGACUCGGAGCAGGCCGAGGUCUGCGCGGGCAGCGUGGCUGACGUGCUGCCGUCCGUGGUCAGCGGGGCCCACGGCUGCGUCCUCUCCUUCGGCCACGCGGGCCUCGGCAAGUCCUACACCAUGAUGGGGAGGGACAGCGCGCCCCAGAGCCUGGGUGUCAUGCCCUGCGCCAUCGCCUGGCUCUUCCGGCUCAUCGGCGAGCGCCGGGAGCGGACCGGCACCCGCUUCUCCGUCCGCGUGUCCGCCGUGGAGGUGUGCGGCCAGGGCCUGCGCGACCUGCUGGCCGAGGUGGCCGCCGGCAGCCUGCAGGACGAGCAGUCCCCGGGCGUGUUCCUGCGUGAGGACCCCGCCGGCCGGGCGCAGCUGCAGAACCAGAGCGAGCUGCGGGCGCCCACGGCCGAGAGGGCGGCCUUCUACCUGGACGCGGCGCUGGCGGCCCGCGGUGCCGGCGGCCCCCCGGACGCCCAGGGCUCCCACCUGCUCUUCACGCUGCACGUCUACCAGUACCGGGUGGAGAAGGGCAGCCAGGGCGGAAUGUCCGGGGGCCGCAGCCACCUGCACCUCAUCGACCUGGGCAGCUGCGAGGGGGCUCCCGGCCGGGCCGGGGAGGCCCCGGGUGGUCCCCCGAGCCUGUCCCUGUCGGCCUUGGGCAGCGUCAUCCUGGCCCUGGUGAGCGGCGCCAAGCACGUGCCCUGCAGGGAGCACCCGCUCACCAUGCUGCUGCGGGAGGCCCUGGGGCCCGGCUGCCACGCCACCAUGAUCGCCCACAUCUCCACCGCCCCCGCCCGCCACGCCGAGACGCUCAGCACCGCGCAGCUGGCCGCCCGCAUCCACCGCCUGCGCAGGAGGAAGAGCAAGUACGCGUCCAGCUCCUCGGGCGGGGACAGCUCCUGCGAGGAAGGCCGCGCCCGCCGCCCCCCGCCCCUGCCUGCCUUCCACGCCCGCUCGGGGGCCCCGGGCCCCGGCCGCCCGGCCCCCCGCUCGCCCGGCGACCCCGACUACUCCUCCAGCAGCGAGCAGUCCUGCGACACGGUCAUCUACGUGGGGCCCGGCGGGGCGGCGCUGUCGGACCGCGAGCUCACGGACAGCGAGGGCCCGCCCGACUCCGUGCCCAUCAUCCCGGCGCUGAGCUGCCGCUGGCCGCCCGGGGGCCCGCGCGACGCCGACCACUUCCGCUGCCGCACCUUCGCCGAGCUGCAGGAGCGGCUGGAGUGCAUCGACGGCAGCGAGGGGCCCCCCGGCCCGGCCCCCGCGGCCAGGAAGCCUUCGCCGCCCGAGGCCGCGGCCCCCAGGACGGCCCCGGGCACCCCGCUGGCCGCCAGCACGCCCCAGGGCAGCCCCAGCCCGGACCCCCUCCGGGGCGCCCCCGAGCCCCCCCAGACCCCCAGGGACCUGCAGGAGGACGGCGGCUCCGGGCCUGAGCAGCGGGGGCCGGACAAGAUCGCGGGCGGCGGAGGCAAGAGGCCGCUGCCCAGCCCGGCCCCUCCGCCCCCCGGGAAGCCGGACGCCAGCCGGGCCCCCGACCAGCCCGCGGACGGCGUGGUCCGGGCGCCCCCGGCGGGUGUGAGCGGACAGGGGGGCUGCGCCCGCCCGUGCGCACGGGGCCUGCUGACCACCACGGUGACCCUGCAGCAGCCCCUGGAGCUGAACGGCGAGGACCAGCUGGUGUUCACGGUGGUGGAGGAGCUGGCCCUGGGCGGGCGCCCCGCCAGCCUCGCCAGCCUCGGCAGCGACUGCUCCCUGCAGGCCCUGGCUUCGGGUUCGAGGCCCGUGAGCAUCAUCAGCAGCAUCAACGACGAGUUUGACGCCUACACCGCCCAGGCCCCCAGCUCCUCCAGCAGCUCCUGGCUCAGCGAGCUCAGCGCCUGCACCCCCAGCCGCGGCACCUCCCCGCAGCCGCCCUCCCGGGCCAGCCCGGACCCCUUCAGCCCCGACUUGGCGGGGCCCGGCCCUCUGGAUGCCCCGGGCCCGGCCAGCCCCCCAGAGGACAGUCAUGUGGGGCCCUCAGAGAGCGGCAGCCCGGCCGGGCCUGGCCCCCUGGGUGCAGCAGCCUCGGUCCGGCCGGGCAGGGAGCCCUGGGCCAGGUGCCCUCACGGGGCGGCCCCGGCACGGACCAUCCACUCCAGCCUCCCCCGGACGCCCAGAGCUACCUCCGCCGCCGGCCGAGCCGGCUGCCCGCGCCUGGCGCUGAGCCCUCCCGGGGGCUCCGGGGCUCAGCUCGAGGACCCCUGGCUGCUCCGGGGCCACGAGUGUGGCUCCAGGAUGCCCAGCCCGGCCCCGGAGCCGGCUUGCGCCCGGAGGGUGGCGGACGGCUGUGAGGUGGCGGCCAGGGGGGCCCGCCGGCCGGAGGCCGGGGCUCCGAUCCCGCCGCUGCGGAGGGGGGCCACCACCCUGGGCGUGAGCUCGCCUGCCACGCCCUGCGGCGAGGGCCCGGCCGAGAAGCCCGCCCCCGGCAGCAGGACGAACGUGGCCGCCAAGGGGACCCCGCUCCCCAGGCCCGGCGGCCCCGGCCCCCCAGCCCCACCCGUGCGCAAGUCCAGCCUGGAGCCCAAGGCCGGCCCGGCGCCCGCCCCCGCCGUCCUCCGGGGCGAGGAGGAGGCCAGGCCCGGCGGGCGGGCCGACCACCCCGUCUCCAGGGCCGCGUCCAGCCUGAAGGGCCGGGCGGGCCGGGCGGAGGCCCCGUGCCGCCCCAGCGCCCACGGGUCCCUGGAGCGCAGCGAGGGGCUGGCGCACGGCGGCGGGAAGGCCCGGGAGCCCGCCGGGAGGCCUGCGCGGGCAGUGCCCAGGCUGGGGGUGCCACCCGCUGGUGCCCCGCCCAUGCCCGCUCCUGCCUGCAGGGGCAGCCCGGUCAAGGGGGGCACGGGGCUCCCCAAGGCCCCGGCCGGCGGGAGCAAGGGCCGCAGCCUGGCGGCCGGCGGGGCGAGGGCCCCCGUGGCGGCCCCGAGGGCGGCUCCCCGGGCCGCUCCGGGCGCCGGGGCCAAGGCCGGCCGGGGCACCAUCAUGGGCACCAAGCAGGCGCUCCGGGCCGCCCACAGCCGCGUGCACGAGCUGGCGGCCGGCGGGGGCGGCCAGGGCCACGGCCACGGCCACGGCGGCUCCUGGUGGGGCGCGGCGGACUCGGACGGCGGCGGCGGCGGCGGCGGCGGCGGCGGCCUGCACGCCGGCUCCGCGCUGCCCUCGCCCUACAGCACGGUGACGGCGCCCCGGCGGCCCCAGCGCCGCAGCAGCGGCCACGGCAGCGACAACAGCAGCGUGCUGAGCGGCGAGCUGCCGCCCGCCAUGGGCCGCACGGCCCUGUUCUACCACAGCGGCGGCAGCAGCGGCUACGAGAGCAUGCUGCGCGACAGCGAGGCCACCGGCAGCGCCUCCUCCGCGCCCGACUCCCUGAGCGACAGCGGCGCCGGCUCCCCGGGCUGCCGCGCCCGCAGCCUCAAGUCCCCCAAGAAGAGGGCCACCGGCCUGCAGCGCCGCCGGCUGGUCCCCGCCCCGCUGCCCGACGCCGCGGCCCUGGGCCGCAAGCCCGGCCUCCCCGCGCAGUGGGUGGGCCUGCCCCCGGCCCUGGGCGCCGCGCGCACCGAGCCCUUCGAGAUCAAGGUGUACGAGAUCGACGACCUGCAGCGGCUGCAGCGGCCCCGGCCGCCCCCGCGGGAGCCCCCGGAGGGCCCGGCGUGUGCCAGCGCGCAGCUGCGGCUGGCGGAGCGCAGGCAGCAGAGGCUGCGGGACGUGCAGGCCAAGCACGAGCUCCUGUGCGCGGAGCUGGCAGAGACGCGGGGCCGGCUGAUGGUGGAGCCCGGGCGCCGGCCGGCGCAGUUCCAGGUGGACCCCGCGCUGGCGCCCGCGUCGGCGGAGUACCUGGCGGCCCUGGAGCGCGCCACCGCGGCGCUGGAGCAGCACGUGAACCUGUGCAAGGCCCACGUGAUGAUGGUCACCUGCUUCGACGUCCGUGCGGCCGGCCCGGCCGCCCCGGGGCCGCAGGAGGUGGACGUGUGA